AUGGUCGUUAAUAAUCCAAAUAACUGGCACUGGGUGGACAAGAACUGUUUUGGAUGGGCCAAAGAGUAUUUCCAAGAGAAACUGGUUGGAGUGGAGACCGGCUCAGCAAAGGACAACAAGUAUGCCAAAAUCAAAUCUGUUUCAUCCAUUGAAGGUGAUUGCGAAGUCAACCAGCGUAAGGGGAAAGUCAUAUCGUUAUUUGACCUGAAACUUACUCUUUUAAUCGAGGGUCACGUUAACUCUAAGGACGGCUCGCCAUUGCCAUUUGAAGGUAGCAUCAACGUUCCGGAAGUCGCCUUCGACAGUGAAGAGUCAAGCUAUCAAUUUGAAAUAUCGAUUUUCAAGGAGACUAGUGAACUGAACGAAGUCAAGCCGGUUAUCAGGUCCGAGUUGUUGCCCAAACUAAGACAGAUUUUCCUACAAUUUGGCAGAGACUUACUGGCCACUAAUGCUAAUGACAUCCAAGUACCGGAAUCUCAAGUGAAAUCCAACUACACAAGAAGCAACCAGCAAAGUAGCCGCGGUGAGGCCAAGGGACCAGCUUCGAAGCCAGGAAAGAGCGCGUCUCCAUCUGCAGCAGCAUCUGCAGCAGCAGCAGGCUCCGAUGCCAACAAACCCAUUCAAAAGGGGAGCGGGAACAGCACCUCCAUCUAUCUAGAACCCACUUUCAACGUGCCAUCCAGCGAGCUAUACGAAACAUUCCUCGACAAACAGCGUAUACUGGCAUGGAGCAGAUCCGCACAGUUUUUCAACAGCACGCCCAAACUAGAGGCCAACGAGAAAUUCGAACUAUUCGGUGGCAACGUCAUCAGCGAGCUGGUGUCGUGCGAAAAGGACAAGAAGUUAGUGUUCCGCUGGAAACUCAAGGACUGGUCAGCCAGCUUCAACUCCACCAUCGAAAUGACCUUCCACGAAUCUCAGGAGUUCCACGAAACCAAACUUCAAGUCAAGUGGACGGGUAUUCCCGUCGGCGAGGAAGACCGCGUGCGCGGCAACUUCGAAGAUUACUACGUGCGCUCCAUCAAACUGACCUUUGGCUUCGGUGCCGUGUUAUGA